UGCUAAAAAUGAGUUAAUAUAGUAUAUAGUAGAAAAUAUAUUUUCCUUCUGGCAAUACCGAGUGCGAAAAUUAUGACAUUGACAACAACAAAAAAUUGUUCAUUCGUUAAUAAAGUUGAAUAAUUUUAGAUGAUCAAUAUUUUGAGUGGUUUCUAGAUAUUUGGUAGGUACAUAAAUCUAACAAAUAAUUUUAACAAAAUAGGUCAAAUAAAGAUGAGUAAUCAUCAUAGUAAUCCUAGAAAUGCAGAAACUGAGCAGAUGACUCAGCCACAGUGUUUGAAGGUAUUUAUUCAAAGAGAUUACAGUGAAGGAACAUUGGUGAAAUUUCAGACUAGAUUUCCACAAGAACUGGAAGGAAGGUUAGAAAGACAAGCAUUUGAAACAACAAUAAACAGACUAAAUGCUUAUUUUGCUGAAGCUGAGAAGGCUACAUGCUCUACAUAUUGUGAAGGAUGCUUGGCCUGCCUGACUGCCUAUUUAAUUUACAUAUGCAAAGAAACACAUUACGAAAAGUGUCUCAAGAAAGUCUCGAAAUUCAUAGCUGAACAAAACGAGAGAGUAUACGAACCUAGAGGAUUGAAGUUGACAGAUCCAAGUACAAGAGGCCUCAGGGUACUAGAAAUAAGCUGUCUUGACCGUCCUCCGAAUGCAUGACUUACAUUGUCUCACUCCACACAGGAGUUUUUCAUGUGAAACUUAAGUGUUUAAUUGUCAAUGACUCUGAGUCUGGACAGAUACU